AAAACCUUGUGAAAGUCUCCCAUUUUGCAUCAGAGUCUUAAACGCGCUCCCUGCAGCUCCGCAAACCUGCGUUAUUCUGUCACGGACAAUGGCUCUUAAUCAGCAGUCACCUUUUUAUAACCCAAGAAUCCCCUUCACUGGAUCCAUCCAUGGCGGCCUGCAGGAGGGGAAGUCCAUCAGCGUUAGUGGUCGAGUCCUGCCUGGAGCAGACAGGUUCCAUGUGAAUUUGCAGUGUGGUUCCAGGACCAAUGCGGACAUCGCUCUCCACAUCAACCCACGCUAUGACAGCCGCCCUGGUUAUGUGGUUACCAACACCUUUCAGCACAGUAGCUGGGGCACUGAAGAGAGGAAGCACAACUCGCCAUUCCCUGCUGGCUCGCCCUUCAGCCUCUACAUCACAGUCUCGAGGGACUCCUACCAGCUGAACGUCAAUGGUAACCACUUCAUGGAGUACAGACACCGUAUCCCCUUUCACCAGGUGGACACCAUCUCAAUAGGCGGGAAAGUAGAAAUUUCCUCUAUUGCCUUCCAGAACUCUAUGCCGGCAUUUCCUGCUCACCCUGCAUUUCCUUCACAUGCCUACCCCUCCCAGGCUGGCUUUCCUGCUUUUGCAGGGUUUCCGUCACAGCCUGGAUUUCCACCUCAGCCUGGAUUUCCAGCCCAGCCUGGAUUCCCCGCACAGCCUGGAUUUCCUCCUGCAAUGCCUGCUGUUCCAUAUAAGAGCAUCAUUAGUGGUGGACUUCAGCAUGGCAGGACCAUCACUAUCCAGGGGACUGUUAACCCAAACGCCACAAGGUUCGCUGUGAAUCUUAGCCAUUUGUCUGGCAUUGCUCUACAUUACAAUCCACGUUUCAGCGAGAACUGUGUGGUUCGAAACACCAAGCAGAGUGAGCAGUGGGGCGCUGAGGAGCGUGGCGGAGCGAUGCCGUUCCGCCGGGGACAGCCAUUCACGUUGACCAUCUGCUGUGAGAAUCAGUCCUUCAGGAUUGUGGUCAAUGGGAUGCAGACACACACCUACAGGCAUCGUUUCACUCCCAUCCAACACAUCAGCACCCUGGAGAUCGAUGGAGACAUCAGUCUGACCUAUGUGGUGGUGUAGACAUCCACCACCUGUAGAUUCUCCUCACAUCUCACACACCAUAAUAAUCAAUCAAUUUAUCAUCAGUUCUUGCUUAUUGAUUGGUUUUGAGUAUUUACUGGAAAUUUUUAUAUUUACUUCCUGCGUAUUCAUCCUUCAAAUUAUUAUUCUCAUUUUAAUAUUUUUAUACUGGAAAGGUGGUUUAUGAAGGAAAAAUCAACUAACAUUCAUCAGGCCAGUCAUUUCAAAAGUGAAGGUCAUUCUAUGGGGCGUCUAGUGGUUCAGUGGAUAGAGCAGGCGCCCCAUGUAUGAAGGCAAAUGUCCUUGCUGCGGCAGCUGUGGGUCUGACUCCAGCUCACAGCCCUUUGCUGCAUGUUGUCCCCUCUCUCUUCCCCAUUCAUGCUGUCACUCUGUCCUAUCCAAUAAAGGCAAAU